CACAAACCCUGGCAUACCACAUACAUAGAUGUACUCCACACCGGGUUGGAAUCGCUCCGCGAGGAUCUGGCAACGCUGCGCGGAUCGAAAUAAAAAAGAAAACAAUGCGCUGGCAAGAAAAGUGAAGCAACAACAAAAAGCCGAUAAAGCAGAGCCAAGGGAAAAGCGCAAAAUGGCCAGGAACACGGGCAGUUCCUCGGGCUCCACGCCCGCUGCAUCAUCAUCGGGAUCUGGAGCAGCAGCGGCGGCAGCUGCAGCAGCAGCGGCAUCCAAUGCCAAACAGAAGCGCAGCCCGGGAUUCAGUUUAUCCUCGAAUUUGAUUCUGGACAAGUGGAAAACGAUGAUCGGAUGCGUCUGCCUGGCGAUAGCCUCGUACUUUGGCUACCUUGGCUACCUGGAGACGCGCGUGAACACGCCCUUCGAUCACCAGAAGAUGGUGGUGCAUGCCGGCCUGGAGCAGCCGGAUCGCUACUGGGGCUCCUACCGGCCAUUGACGUACUUUGGCAUGAAAACCAGGGAUCCGCACUCCCUGGUCAUGGGCCUGAUGUGGUACACGCCCAGUAAUCUGGGUCCCGGUGGCCAGGGCAUUCGCCACUGGUGCGAGCAGGGCGACAAACUGGACUCGUACGGCUGGACGCAUCACGAUGGCCGCUCUUUUGGCGUCCAGGAGAUCCAGGAUCUGCCCUUCGAGCUGAAGACCUCGUUCGUGAAGUAUCCGGAGGGCAAGCAGUACGGCGGCGACUGGACCGCCAGAAUCUCGGUGAGGAAUACGACAAGGGCGUGGGACAAGAGCAUCUCGCUGAUCUGGUACGUUGCAUUAGAUGAGCGCACCAAUGGCCACAUUAAGUACGUGUCGGAUGACAAGAGUCCGGAGCCGGGCGUCUAUGGUGAGGCACAGGGCCUGGGCGAGUUCCAAGUGCGUUUCCAUGCCGUCAAGGGCAAGAUCUUGCACAAAUCCUACCUCAGCACAGUGGCUCCGUCGCUGGCCAAGCUCAAGGAUACGCUCUUCUCGCACUUUCGCGCCUUCGCCGACAAGCGUGGCAACCGCUUCAUCGGACUGCCUGGAGAGAUAGUCUCCCAGAAUGGUCUGCCCUCCACCAAUCCGGAGCCCAACUUCAUAGCCAUACAGAUAACGGCGGAGGUGGACUUCACGCUGGACAUCACCUACCAGUCCACGUCGGGCUUCUCCCUGGGCGAGUCCAUACCCAAGCCGCCGACGGGCAGAGCCUAUCAGGAAUCGCUGCAGGCGAAAAUAGCGCAGUUUGAGCAGCGAUUCGAGGACCGCUUUCAGCUGAAGCAGACGGGUCACUCCCCGGAGGAGGUGAGAUUCGCGCGGAACGCUCUCAGCAAUCUGCUGGGCGGCAUUGGCUACUUCUAUGGCUCCAGCCGGGUGCAAUCGGUGUACACCAAGAACCCGGUGCCCUACUGGAAGGCUCCACUGUACACGGCCGUGCCGUCGAGGAGCUUCUUUCCCAGGGGCUUUCUGUGGGAUGAGGGCUUCCAUGGCCUGCUGAUCAGUGCGUGGGACGUGGACAUCGAGCUGGACAUCAUAUGCCAUUGGUUCGAUCUGCUGAACGUGGAGGGCUGGAUACCCAGGGAGCAGAUCCUGGGUGUGGAGGCGCUGGCCAAGGUGCCCGAGGAGUUUGUCACGCAACGGAACAGCAACGCCAAUCCGCCGACGUUCUUUCUCACGCUUAAGAAGCUGCUGACCAGCCACCGGGCGGAGUUGUCCCAAAACGGCAGAUUAGCCACACUGGAGCGGCUGUAUCCGCGUGUGCAGGCCUGGUUCAACUGGUUUAACACCACGCAGAAGGGUGAGCUGAUGGGCACAUACUUGUGGCGUGGAAGGAACGCGACUACCAUGCGUGAGCUGAACCCCAAGAGCUUGUCCUCCGGCCUGGACGACUAUCCGCGCGCGUCGCAUCCCACGGACAAGGAGCGCCACCUGGACUUGCGCUGCUGGAUUGCCCUGGCCGCUGGCGUGAUGGCCGAGUUGUCCACCCUGUUGGGCAAGGACGAUGCCAAGUACUACGAGACGGCGUCCUACUUAACCGACAAUGUGCGACUGAAUCGCCUCCACUUGGCGCCUUACAGCGAACAGUACGCUGACUGGGGUCUGCACACGGACCAGGUGAAGUUGAAGCGUCCGCCGUCCAUGGCACCGCAGCAGCAGCAGCGGCAUCAUCAUCACCACUACCAGCAGCCCGAAAUGGAACGUGUGACCGGUGAGGAGCCCACCUAUCAGUUCGUGGACAGCACCUUUGGCUAUGUUAGCCUGUUUCCGCUGCUGCUGGAGCAGCUGGAUCAUGAUUCGCCGUAUCUGACCAAAUUGCUACACGAUCUGCGCGAUCCGGAGCAGCUGUGGACCAACUACGGUCUGCGUUCGCUGUCGAAGAGAUCACCGCUCUACAUGAAACGCAACACGGAGCACGAUCCGCCGUAUUGGCGCGGCCCCAUCUGGAUUAAUAUCAACUAUCUGGCGGCGAAGGCGCUCCAUCACUAUGGCAAAAUCGAAGGACCGAAUGCGGAACUGGCGCGCCAGAUUUACGCCGAACUGCGCGACAAUCUGGUGGGCAACAUCUUGCGGCAGUACAAGCGCAGCGGCUACUUGUGGGAGCAGUAUGAUGACACCACCGGCGAGGGCAAAGGCUGCAAUCCCUUCACCGGCUGGACGGCCACCGUUGUCCUCCUGAUGGCCGAGCAGUUCUAGAGAUCCGGUACGGGUUCGGUUACGGUCCUGGUCUGCCUGCCAAAUCUGCUGUGAGUUCCUCAACGAACAUCCCUGCCUGGAAUCCGUGAAAUGAUCAAUGCGUUUGUGUUUGGAAUAGCUGGGUUUUCCGUGACCCGGCCAUCGCAUUAGGUCCUCCCAAACGAUAAACGUUGCGGGGGCACCAAAUAAAUGUACUUGAAAUGUAGCAGAACUAUGGCAGAUCCUUUUAGUUUUGGUGUGUCAGUUGUUUUGGCACCAACUCUAUCCAAAGAUUAUGGCUCGCUGUGGUUUUAAGUAGUCUCUAUGUUAGCAUGCUAAGAUAAUUAAUUACCAGCAAUGCGUAGCUUUUAAAAACCAUGUGUUUGGCGAUUCCACGUCGGUGAAAGCCCAUCUAUUCCUAGUUGACUGCCCAAAUUGCGUGUAGUCCUUAGUUAUUCCACGCUCCAGUUGCUGUACGAUACUUAAGAAACUUUGACAACAAACCGAGUGAAAAGUAAUCAUUUCUAGCGUUAAAUAGACGAAUUUUAAAAUUGCAA